AUGACAGGUAAGGUCAACAGAGAUCACUUCUAUAAACUAGCGUCUGAUCUGCCGGAGGAGAGACUUCAAGCUGCUGUUUCCCUGAUAAAGGAAUUGUCGAGCUUACCGUUACCUGCCAGUAAAGAUGAAUGGUCAUAUGUUGUGAAUAGAUUAAUCAAAGGGUUAUCUUCUGAUCGUAAUGGGGCCAGGCUGGGAUUUUCUCUGUGUUUAACAGAGGUUGUUGACCUUGCUAUCAAAAUGGACGACGACAAAGCGCCUGAAGAGUUAAAGAGUAUGGAUUCUUUCCUGCAUUUACUAUCAAAAACUUUCUCAAUUGAUCCUCAAGACGAAAAGAAAAAGCGGAAAGGGAAAGAGGAAAGAGGGUUGAUGUUUGGGAAAUUGUUUGCUCUGCAAGCACUUUUGAAUGAACCUUUGUUUAGUGAUAUUUUUAUUAAAGAUGGAAAAAUCACCAAAUUUACGACCAAGUUCAUUGAUGAGUUGGUUAAUUUGGCGUCGCGCAAGAAUUGGAUAAAACAACCGUGUCUUUUUACUUUAUACCAGACAAUUGAAAGGCUGCUACCUUAUUCUGAUGAUUCGUUUGUUAAAACUGUGGUGACAGUAUUGGAUGUCAACAAGUAUACGUUGACAAAUGAGGGUCUGGCCAUCUAUCUUCUUUUUAUUUCAAAAGGCUACAGUUCCGCAUUGUUGUCCAUCAAUGUUACCAACAAGGGAUGGAAAUACAACAAUCCGUUACUGAAAGGCAAUUUGAGUUUAGUGAGCGAGGUUGUUCGUGAAUCUGCCGUAGUUGUUGAUGAUAAUGAAACUAAGACCAACAAUGCAAACUGGCAUCCAAAAUUACAUUUUGUUUGGGACAUUUUAUUACCCAUACUGUACAACGACCCAAGAGAAGAACCUUUGAAAAAGAAAAAGAAACAUAAUAAUGGGAGCUCCAAGUCCAAAUCAGAGGCAGUUGGUGCCAUCGAAUUCCCCGAAUUUUGGAAAGCCAUCGUGGACGAAACCUACUUUAGUGAUAAAGCAUCUAGCGAAAGAAAGUUUCUGGGCCUGUUGAUCUUCUUGAAGGCUCUACCUACUGUUCCGUCAAAGUGGAUCGCAUGUUGUUUUAGUCAAAAUUUAAUGAGGUGCCUAAUCAACCAAUGUUCUGAUUCUGAACGUCAUUUGCAUAAGAUUGCCGAAAAGUGCUUGAUUUCUAUUGUCAAAACAUGCGAGGCCGACCCAGGUCAUAAGCUGGUGCCCGUUGUUGGUGCCCUGCUUUUCGGUACUAACGGUUCUAUCAAUUUUGAUAGGUUGACGAAGUCCAAAACUGUUGCUAAGUUAAUCGCAACAAAGGGUUUGGAAGAUGACUCUAUCGGGAAGCUCUUUGCAUUGUUUACUUCGGAAUUGAACUCACAAAAAAAUGAGGCUGUUCUUCAUUUUAUUUUGGACACACUGCUUCAUAUUUUGCGCAGUCACAAGCUGAACUUGAAGGGAGAACAUAUUUCAACGUGGCUCAUGUCCGUCCUUCUACUGCCCUUAGUAAAACUAGGCUUUUUCCAUGCGACUGAAACGUCUCCAGAGGACAAGAUCAACGUCAGCGAAAUUGCCCGUGAAAGGAUCUAUUCGAUUUUGUCCGAGUUGUCUUCUGUGCCAACAGGUGAUGCCCAUUCAUGGCAGUUUCACAUUCUGAACGAAUUGACGACGGUAGAGAAUGAGCUCACUUUGACAAACGCCUUAGACGAAGACUUGACCACAGUGAAGGAUACUGGUUUGAGUGUCAUCCACAGUUUGUCUGUUAAGAACGACAAAUCGUCCAGAGGAAUUGAAUCCCUACUGGCAAUGUGUUUGCUUCAACUAUAUUCUGGAGAAGCCGAUUCUGUUGCCACGAUUAAGGAAAUUUGCGAUUAUUUGACCGAGGAAAAAUCCUCAAAGAACAGCAUAUCCCUUGUGGGCAUCACAGAAAUUUUACUGGGAUUGCUGGCUCAGAAGAAGACUGUUUUGACCAAAACUAGUUUGCUGGUCUGGGAACAACUUAUCGAAGACGUUGGGUCCGACGAGUUGAACCUAAUCUUGGAUGUUCUAUCGGCGAGGGAAAAUAAAGAAGGUUUUUCGUAUUUAUUUGAAGGCGCUGAAGAAUACGAAAAGGUUAGUGGUGACGAAAAUGAAGUUGCACCAGAAGAGGAAAGUGCGUCUAGCGAUACGUCAGAUUCGAGCUCCGACAGCGACGACGAAUCUGAGGAAGCCGAUAAUAAAGAUGUGACAAAUAUUGAUAGACAGACAGCCUGUGCCCUUGCCAAAGCUCUCAAGUUGCCAGAAAACGUUGUCAAUGAAGAUGGAGAGGUAAAAUUCAACGAAAUUGAUGACUUGGAGGAUGAAUCUUCCGAUGACGAAUCCAUGGAUGAUGAGGCGAUGAUGGCAUUGGAUGGCCAAUUGGCGGAUAUAUUCAAGCGUCGUAAAGAUGCUUUAUCGCACGUUCCAACUGGUAACAUGAGAAAGAUCGAGGUCAGAGAUUCCCGUGAAAGUGUCAUAAAUUUCAAACAAAGGAUGAUCGACAUGCUGACUAUCUAUGUGAAAUAUGUUGAGAAACUGGAUUUGGAGGAUAAAGACGUCAUGAAAGAGAAAUUACAAACUGUAUCUACGUUUGUAGAGCCCAUGCUAAAAUGUGUUCAAAGAACCUUGGACAGGCCAUUAGCGGACAAAAUUUUUAAACUUUUGAAAGCUAAGAUUUUCAAAGUUAAAAUCCCGGUUUCCGCUGAGGAUGGUGAAAGGUUUGUAGAGUCUCUGCAACGUAUCCAUGGUACCUACCUACUGGCUGAGAAAUCAGGUCAAUACCAAGCCAUUUACUAUUCCUUGUGCUCCUCGGCGUCUAUAUUCUUCUGCAAACUACUUAUUGAGAGUAGAGACAAUAAGGAUGCUGCUCACAACGAGGUUAUAGAUAUUUAUGCUGAAACAACUAAAAAAUGGAUGGACAAGAAAAAGUUUCCAACCAGUGUCUUCUUUGACUUUUACAACUGGCUUUCUUCAAAAAGACAACAACAGUAA